CUCUCCCUCCAAUCUCAAUCUCCAUGUCAGUCACCAUGUGAGCAAGAACAGGGUAAGGGUUCAGCGGCUUUCUUUAAACCCUUCCCCUGUUCCUUCUCUGCAACCCUCUUUAUAUUUCUUGACUGGGUCUCUGCAAAAAGCCCAUCUUUUGUUGUUAACAAAGGCUCGUUUGUUGACACCCAAAAUUCCCAAGAUACCCAGAACUCGCGAGAGCUUCUCGGGAAUUCCCAGAAGGCCACAGAAUCUCAGUUUUUUGUUUUUAGCUUUUUGAGUUGUAGGGUUUUGAAAGUUUUGGAAGAACUGGGUCGUGCUUGUUUAGUGAUUUUCGGUUGGUUCGUCUUGAGUUUGGUUCAGAUUCAGUUCUUGUUUUAUUGGUUUUGUGGGUAUUUCUUUGUGCAACGAACAAUGUCGACUUUUCCGAAGAGCAAGUCGAUUCACAUCAGAGAAGUUUGGAAUGAUAAUCUAGAGGAAGAAUUUGCAUUGAUUCGCAAUAUCGUUGAUGAUUUCCCUUACGUAGCUAUGGAUACAGAGUUCCCGGGCAUCGUUCUUCGGCCAGUAGGGAAUUUUAAGAGCAGUACUGAUUAUGUAUUUCAUACCAUGAAGGCCAAUGUUGAUCUUUUGAAGUUAAUUCAGUUGGGUCUUACGUUUUCUGAUGACAAGGGGAACCUUCCCACAUGUGGAACUGAUAAGUAUUGUGUGUGGCAAUUCAACUUUCGUGAGUUUAAUCCUAAUGAAGAUGUUUAUGCUAAUGACUCCAUUCAGCUUUUGUGUCAGAGCGGCAUUGAUUUUAAGAAGAACAGUGAAAGGGGUAUCGAUGCUCACCGGUUCAGUGAGCUUCUGAUGUCAUCAGGGAUUGUGUUGAAUGAUAAUGUCCACUGGGUUACAUUUCACAGUGGGUAUGAUUUUGGGUACUUGCUCAAGCUUCUUACUUGCAAAAAUUUGCCCGAAACACAGGUGGAGUUUUUCAAUUUGAUCAACAUGUACUUCCCCACACUUUAUGAUGUUAAGCAUCUGAUGAGGUUCUGCAACAGCCUCCAUGGUGGGUUGAACAAGCUCGCGGAGCUGUUGGAAGUGGAGAGGUUUGGUGCUUGCCAUCAAGCUGGUUCAGAUAGUCUUGUCACAUCCUGUGCAUUCAUGAAGUUGAAAGAAACUUUCUUUGAUGGCUCAACUGAGAAAUAUGCUGGUGUGUUGUAUGGUUUUGGUGUUGAAAAUGGACAAAAUACUCAUUAAAAAGACGAGAAUAAAAAAUAAAAAAUAAAAAAUAAAAAAUAAAAAUGAAAUCUAUUUGUUAAACUACAUGUGUGCUGCAGUAUAGCUAUCUUUAUGUGUGUAUCAUAUGAAUGUUCUCUUUUGUUUGCCCGUCUUUAAUAUUAUUGUGCAGAGCUUGUUGCAGUCUCACUUGUGACCUAGGUUUAGCAUUUCUAAUAUCUUUGUAUAUCCUGUUGGCGAGCCAGCUUAGUGUUUGUUAAGCACAUUUGAGUUAUUUCAUUA